UAAUGUCCUACAAAAUCAUUCACCCCUUUUAAGGAACGAAAUCCUGUCACCUUUUUUUUGUACCUGCCAACACAACACUACCUUUGAUUCUUUAACUUAGCAUAUAUCAGUAACUUCCUCAGAAGGGUUUCUUUAUAGCUUUACACUUCUAAAUUCCAAAACUCAAAAAACCAUAAAACUCAAUGUCUUAUAACAGAAACAAUGGUUCCUCUGUUGUGGAUGGAUUCACUCUGAGUCCCCUACCAUAUCCUGUUCUGUUGAUCUUAGCAGUGAUCUUCAUCUUCCUUGGUACUUCAUGGUACUUUUCUUAUGAAGAUGUUGUUGAAACUGCUCAAGAACAAUUUGGUUGGGUUCUAUUUGCCUUACCAGUGGUGCUGAUAUUUAUAGUUCGUUUGGUAUCAUCAAUGGAAGAUUCAGGUUGGUUUUCUGGUCCUUCUGUUUUGAACAGGCGCAGCACAACCUACCAAAGUCCAUCUGAAGGGAGUUCUCCAUGGGGUGUGGCUGCUUUGAUUGUUGUGUUGUUGAUUUUGGUGCAGUUUCAAUCUUCUUUUCUAGAGGGCUGGUUUUAUUGAUUUGGAGUUCUUGUUUUAUCUUUUUCUUUUUCUCUAUAGGUUGGUUUGGUUUUAGCUGGUUUUUUUUUUUUUAGUUUUUUAAUUGUACUUGAUUAUGAAGUAUGAAUAUGUGAUGCAUAUCAUAUGGUGUUGUUUGUAAAUAUUUAGAUGAAGAAAGGAAGAUACUGUAUACUUCCUUCAAAAUGAUGGCAAAGAUGUAACUGAGAUUUUCAUAACUUUUUAUUAGAAAAUAGAUUUGCUAUUUGCAUAAAUUUUUCA